AAAGUGGGAACAAUUUAACAAAAUAAUCAAUAACCCUCCUUUGUUCUUUCUAUAACUAGUCUUUUGUAGAUACAAGCUAGCUAGCUAGCUAGCUAGCUAGGUGCCUACAAUUUGAAGGGCAACGACCCUAAUGGAGCAAGAAUUGGAAGUAGAUGUCAAAAUAAUAUCAAUGGAAACCGUAAAACCAUCUCUUCCACCACCAUCUAAUCCCAAAACUCAUAUACUUUCUGUCCUGGACCAAAUCACCCCUAUCUUCCACUUCCCUUUGCUUCUUUACUACUCUGCCGGUGUCCCAAAUCAACACGGUGGAGUUGAUAUAAGUGGCCUUAAAACAUCCCUAAGCCAAACACUUGACCAAUUCCACCCUCUUGCAGGUCGAUUCCUUGAUGAAUCUACCAUUUCUUGCAACCACCAAGGCAUACCCUUUAUUGAAACCAAAGUCAAUUCCCGUCUCUUGGAUGUCAUGAUCUCACCUCAUAAAAUGAAGUUGCUUACCAAGUUUCUCCCUUGUCAAGAGUUUAAAACUCGACCAAUCUCCGAACUAACCCCUUUGGUAUUUCAAAUCAAUGUUUUCCUAUGUGGUGGGGUGGUAAUUGGCUGCUAUGUGCUCCAUAAACUCCUUGAUGCAAUCUCUCUUGGAACCUUCUUUAAAUAUUGGUCAUCCCUUACUAAUACGCGGUUUAACAACCUAGUCAAACCUGAUUUUGAAGCCAUCAUCAAGGCUUUCCCUCCGCUUCCCAAAGAAAAACAUAUUGUUAUUCCUCAUGAUGAAGUUUUUAAGGAUACCCCACCUACACAACCAAAUAAUCUCAACACAAUGUCUGUGAUUAAGAGCUAUGUAUUCGACGAUGUUUCAUUAAGCAAGCUGAAAGCGAGAGCUACUAGUGAGUUGGUCCCUAAACCCACAAGAUUUGAGGCCGUGACAGGGUUUAUUUGGGAACAGAUAUUGCGUAAUUCCGGAGUUGAAGUCGAACAUACAUCGCUUACAAUGGUUGUGAAUAUCCGGCAGAGGGUGAGUCCGCCACUACCAAGGGGGUCCAUGGGUAACUUGCUUAGAAAUGCAAGAGCACAGGCUCACACCAGCAGCGGCCUUCAAGACCUUGUUAAAGAAAUUCAUUUAGCAUUGUCGAGAACAAACCAGCAAAUUACAACAACUACUUCAGCAGAAGUUAUUUGGUCUGAGCGGAAAGCUGACUAUGAAGCUCCACUAAAGCAUCAACAAGGAUACUACUGCUUGAGCAGUUGGUGCAAGGUUGGGUUGGAUGAGGUUGACUUCGGGUUUGGAAAGCCGGUUUGGAUAGUUCCCACUGACGGGAGACCACCUCCGAUCAGGAAUUCGAUCUGCCUUACUGAUUAUAGGCAUCCCCAAACAGGUGUGGAAGGAAUUGAAGCAUGGGUUAUGCUGGAACAGAGAGAAAUACAAUGUUUACAGUCCAACCCAGUUUUUCUUGCUUUUGCUACUCCUAAUUAGAGAACUCCCACACCUCUCUUAGCUAGUUAGCUUCUUCUAAUGUUUUUAAAUUAUUUCUUGGUAUAAGGUUAAAACAUAAGCAUGUUUGUUUCUACUGUAUCGACUUUCUGUUUUUUAAUAUAAAAUGUUUCUCAAGGGGAUUUGGUUUAAAAGUUUAUCUCUACCUAGUUAUA